AAUUGUAUGCCAAACAUGUAUUUAUGAGGGUUGAAAUGUUGCUUUACAAUCCAAUAAUAUUUAAAAAACUGAAAAGAGCAAUUCUCUGACUUGCUAGAAUUUAAAUUAACCUAUUUGAGUCCACGCACAAUUACAUUAGAAAAAAAAUAGAGGAAGCUCUCUAAGCUGAUGAAGACUUCUUUACAACUCUGCUACUGCAUUGUUUUACACAUUUACAACGAUUUCGGGUUUGAAAGGCGAAUUUUACAGUGUUUUAAAUGGACUGUUGCUGUAGGAAGUUCAGACAAUGCAAUCAGUAUGUUAGACAGCCACGUGCUCGCCAAUCGCCUCAAACAGAAACUGAUAAAACAGUACAGGAGAAGCAGUUAGCUGGUUAUUUUGCUAACUUAACAUAGCUUUGAGUGUAAGGUUUGUGCUCUCUUUUUGCGUGUCGUCUUUAAAUGUUUAAUUUCCUUUAACAGAGUAUAAGUCAGCCCACAUGGACAUAUCUCAACAACAUUGCAUGUGGGAUAUAUUUCUGAAUACGCGAGACCUAGCUUAAGAAGAGGCUAAAUGUGGCUUUGCUAUUUUUUUGAAUUAUUUUACUUUACUUUACUUUGUGUUAGUGGUAGGAGGACAUGAGUUGUUAUGCGUAAUAGGAGGAGGAGUGGAAGUUGGGACGCAUCGGGGCUCUUGUGUUGAUAAUAAAACACGAUGACAGUCCUGUUAUUGCCUACCUGGAGCACAGUUUGACCAAAUCUGACAAAGAUGGUGUCUUCCUCCAUCUGUGUCUCCCUGUCAUCUAGGCAUUGCAUGUGCCAACUUUUUUCUGUGAAUAUGCCUUUGUGAGAAACUCUCUGGCUCGUCACCCUCGCCGGGAUUCCCCGCAAUAUUUCCAACAAGAGACGAGAAAAAAAACUUCAAAAAUGGACAAAGAAAGUGCUGGUACUCAGUAUGAACCUGUGGCCGAGAUUGGAGAAGGCGCCUAUGGGAAAGUGUACAAGGCGAGAGAUUUGAAGAACGGGGGACGCUUUGUAGCCCUAAAAAGAGUCCGUGUCCAGACGGAGGAAGAGGGGAUGCCUCUCUCCACUAUCCGGGAGGUGGCGGUACUGAGGCAGCUUGAAGCCUUUGAGCACCCCAAUGUUGUCAGGCUGUUUGAUGUGUGUACAGUCUCUCGGACUGACCGAGAAACCAAACUCACUCUGGUCUUUGAGCACGUGGAUCAGGACUUGACCACUUACCUGGAGAAGGCCCCUGACCCUGGAGUACCACCUGAGACCAUCAAGGAUAUGAUGUACCAGCUGCUCCAGGGGCUGGACUUCCUGCACUCGCACCGCGUGGUUCACCGUGACCUGAAGCCCCAGAAUAUCCUGGUCACCAGCGGAGGACAGAUCAAACUGGCCGACUUUGGUCUAGCCCGAAUCUACAGCUUCCAGAUGGCCCUCACCUCUGUGGUGGUGACACUGUGGUACAGAGCCCCAGAGGUGCUGCUCCAGUCUAGUUACGCCACGCCGGUGGACCUGUGGAGUGUCGGCUGCAUCUUUGCUGAGAUGUUCAGGAGAAGACCGCUAUUUCGAGGAAACUCAGAUGUUGAUCAGCUGGGAAAGAUUUUUGAUGUUGUUGGGGUACCUUCAUCAGAGGACUGGCCCCAGGAAGUGGCCCUACCACAGAGUGCCUUCACCCCCCGACCCCCUAAGCCAAUAGAGGACUUAGUUCCAGACAUGGACGAGCAAGGACGAGCCCUCUUAAUGCAAUUUCUCGCUUUCAACCCCUCCAGGAGGAUAUCGGCCUUUGCUGCGCUCAGCCACCCCUACUUUCAAAGUGUGGACAGCCACAGUAGAAGUGUGUACGCGGCCCAGCCCAUCCCCAGCAACAAGCCCACUAUGGAGGAGAGGACUGCCUGACAGUCCUCCUUCACCCUAAAUCAUCCCACAGAGUGUCUAUAAAAAGUAUUCUGCGUACCCCGCCUUGGUGUAUUUCAUGUUUUAUUGUCUUCACAAAUCUAAGUGCGUUAAUUAAGCUUUUCUGACACUGAUUAACAUUUAAAUCUUAAUUGUAUAAGUGAAAUAAAUCUGUAGAAAUAGAACAACAAAUAUAGAGCACAAGGUGAUUAAUACAGAGGCAUGUAGAGGCACCUUUGUCAUCAUUUACAGCCUUGAGUCUAUGUGAUUAAAUCUUCUCUCAUUCUUCUUUGCCAAAGUCCUCAAACUGUCAGGUUGCUUGGUGAGCAUGACUGAACAGCAGUUUCCAGGUUCUGCAAGAUAUCCUGUUUGGAUUGUUAUUUGGCCACUUGAGUGUGAAGACAGUCCUGUGCAGCAUUUAGGGUGGAAUUUGUGGGUUGUUGUCCUUCUAGAAAAAAACUUUUCUCAACAUAACAGCAGGUUUUCCUCAAGAAUUCUUCUGUGUUUUUUUGCUUUUAUUUUACCCUCUACGAUUGUUACGACAUGAUGCUACCAACACCAGGCUUUGCAUCACAUUUAGUUAGUUGAAAAGCUAGAUAUGCACCAAGGUAGCAGUUGCUGUAGGCUCAAAAUCUCCCCGCUCAGUUAGGGAACCAUGUACCUCUUUAAGGUACAUAAACAGACUUCACACAUAACCUCAAGUUUUUGAGAAUAAUUUGCUCUACAGAUUUGUACUCCAUAUUCUAGUGCCUUCCUAUUUUACUGGUGUCCUUCCACCGAUUGGUUCUUUCAGUAACCUUGUAGAUGGGUUUGAUGUCUCUGUUUUCAUAGUGUAGUUUAUGCCAGCCGUUUGUCCCUGCAGAUACAGGUGCAUUUAACUAGAAAUCACAUCUUCGAUUACACACAGGUGAUCGUUUGUCUAUUGUUCAACUUCUAAAGAACAGUUGGCUGCCCCAGUGAUUAAGUGUAACAUAGUUAAGACGGGUUAUAACUGUGCUAUCAUUUAGAUCAAUUUGUGGAAAGUUUUCUCUUUGACUUUAACAAGACAUGUUUCUGAUAAUCAGUGUCAAAAAAAACUUAACUAACUUAAAUGUUGUGUUGUACAUAAACAUAAAACAUGAAAUCGAUCAAGGGGGCAUUUUGCUAUAGUCACUGUACAAUGCUCUAGGAAAGUACUUCUACAGAGAGGGUAAAGAUAAGUGUUGAAAAAGAUGACACCACCAGCUCUCACCCCUUGAAAAAUGCACAAAAGCUACCCUCCUUCCAUGAACUGAUGGAUUGUAAUUGCUGCUUUUAGGUUGUUAAAUGUUGACGAUUGACUGUUAACAAUGCAAAGAGACUUGCAUCUCAGAUUUACUGGUAGUAGUGGGCAAGUGGACUGUAGAGGCCAUGAAGCAGAGACCUCUUUAUCACAGGAGCCUGGGUGGACAGCAUGGAUCUCACCUGCCUUUUAUUCCCACAGUGAGCAGAUAUACAGUACAAGCACAUUCACAGAUACGUACACAUCAUAUAGUGUGUACACUACCACUGACAUUAGCACGCUCGUAUACACACCUACUUAUUGAAACCCUAUUGGGCAUCACAAGCCAGCCACUCACUGCCAUGUUUUGUCUUAUUCUAGUCUUACAUGUAUUAUUGUACUGCCACCUUGAGGAUGUUCUGAGUAACUGCAGACCAGUAGCGGGAUUCUAAUGGUUUCUGUACUCUUCAAGGAACUCAUCAUAAUAGGCUGAUAUCAGUGCUGAGACAAUGAUGAAAGAACCUAAUAGAAAUAUUCCUGCCACUCGCUAGUCUGUCAUCAUGGGCUUUUAUCAUUAUAAAAUACUAUUAUUUACUAUCUGAAUGUUACCAUAAUGCACAGGCUUACAAUAGGUGGAGAAAAUCCCACCAGCACUGUUCAACAAGAACACAUUUGGAACAGAAUAGUGUCGCCAAUAAUAUUCUGUAUUUAAUUUUAUUUUAUUGACAAGUCUUAUAUGCUUGUUUAAAUCAAGUUACUUGAUUUUUUUUUUUUUUUUUAAAGAUGCUGGGGCAUACAAUAUUCUUACACCAACUUUUUAAAAUGAUUAUAGAAUUUGUGUAAGAAUAGUUUGACAAUGUAAGGAAUGUAUAAAGGAUAGGCAUUGGUACUGUACAGUAGAGUGCUAAGUACAAGCAGUAAUGAUGGAAAAUGUUUGAUAUGUGCAUUGCCAGCCCAUAGAUAUGUCAUAAAAAUGGAUAGAUGUAAAGUAGCUAGGGUCAGUGGAAUGUUGUUUGGCAAGAGUAUUUUGUCUAUUGAAAAUGUUGGGUGGGCUCUUUGGGUGCUUGUUGAAUUUCAUUUGCUUUGGAUUGAGAGUGAAUAUAAAUUUUAGUUUCAUAGUGGUUUUGAUAAUGAAAUAAUGCACAAAUAUUUUGUGUACAGUUUUUGCUUUAUUUUACGGUCAUGUCCAGUUAUAUUCAAGUUCAGUUUUUUUUUUUUUUUUUACCAGCAAGGAAAAAGGAAGUUAUGCAGAGUUGUAUUUUUGUAUGUAGUAGUUCUUGCAGAACAGUAACAUAUUUUAACACUGGUUUACGUUUCCUUAACAGGUAGUGCUGCUAGCACACACACACUUACACACACAGACACACACUCUGACUUUCUCAGGUUCUUGUUAUGGUCGUCCGAACCUUUCGGGCACAGUUUGCACAUCCCUGGGCUACUAACUGACCACAUCACAACUCCUUCAGGUUUUCUUUCAAGCUGUUCCACGAUCAUGUCAUUGGUCAUCAUCUACUGUCAUUCCUAUUUAUCAAAUAUAUGUUACUGUAGUCAUUACUGUCUGAAGAUAACUGCCUGUAUCAACUGUUUUUGCCAGCAACUUUUAACUGCUAGAUGGUAAACACAUUAUAGAUUCAUGUAUAUUUUGUCUGCUUGACUAAGCACUGUGUGAAUUUUGUAUUUGAUAACAACUCACAUCUGGUGUCAGUGGUGCAAUGCAAUGAAAGCUCUAAAUAGAAUUAAAAUAAUCACUGUUAAUACAUUUCAAUCACAACAUAAAACUGUUGAGGUCCACUGUUGAGCUUUUAGAGCUUUGACUGUUUUGAAACCAACGUAGCUUGAUCCAUUGUAUAACUGAAAUUACACAUAUGUUCCUGUGUCACAUUUGUUUUUAGCAUAUGAAAAUGGCGACUAGGAAUAAAACAAUCAUGGCAUUAUACGUAUGUAUGAAUGCAGGCAUUGGUGUCUUAUUGUUGUGUUGCACCAGUUGAAUAAAAAGCAGAUUUUUGU